AUGGAAGCGGACGCGAAGGCGAAGGUAGGGUGUAGGGUUAAGGUAACGGCGCCGUUGAAGGUUUAUCAUGUGAACCAUGUUCCGGAAGUUGAUUUGGAAGGUAAACUCAAAGAUUACGUGGCAGUGUGGAAAGGGAAAGGGAUAUCAGCUAAUCUUCCGUAUAAAGUUGAUUUCUGUAAAGAGGUUGAAGGUCGUGGUAAUGUUAAGUUUGUUGCUCAUCUUAAGGACGAUGAGUUUGAGCUCAUUUAA